CUCGUGUUUCCCACUUUUUGACCAUCACCAGCACCCCUUGCCUACAUAUCCUACUGUCUAUUCACACUGACACCCUGACCACAGAAACAGCAUAUACGAGUCUCAAUAACUAUCAUGCCCAAAAUGUGGCGAAAUACCAAACUCCUCAACACGCCAUCCCAGGCAGCUCUCCGAACCAUCCAAACAAGCUCCGGACGGUCGCUGCUAACCUCCUCCACCCAGUACCGUCCCCUCGCAACCUCCCAAAUAACCCACAAAGAAAGACAUCAGGAAUCAGACCUAGACCGACAUCUCCUCCGCCCCGAGCACAUGGAAAACUCCAAGUCCGGCACCGAUGACGAAGCCGCUCAUCACUGGUCCUCCUACGAUCCGACCAUCACCGAUCCCGACCUGGAGGUCUUGGCCUGCGAGGAAGAAUGCGAGCUGGACGGGGACUUGGAUGAUCCUCUAUACAUUAGUCCGGGGAACCGGGAAAUCAGUCGCUUGCUUGAGCCGAUGGUUGGAGGGGCGGUACAUAAUGAUGUGAGACCUGGCCCGAGUGGGAGGGGCUGGACGAGGAAGCAUCGCGAGGUGCAUAUUAAGAAAAUCCCCGGCAGUCAGUUUGAGAGGUAUGAUAGGAUACUGCAAGAGUUGAGGAAGACGGAGAAGCGGUGAGUUGAAGGCUGUGAUGGAUAUUUGGUGUGAUCAUGUUGAUACUCGUCUAGGGUUACGAAAUGAGGCUGGGGGACUGCUUCUGCGACUGAAGCUUGAUGCAGUCGGAAGCUGAUGCGAGAGCCGCUCUGGAAUAUGGGCUUAGCACAGAUUGUGUAUUGUUGCAGGUGAGUUGUUGAUUGGCAUGAUUGUAUAGCAUCGGGUUCGACUGCUGCUGGAAGAGAGAUCGUUGCCGUGCAUGGGAUUGCUACCAGACUGGACCACAUUUCGGCGUAUUAUUGGACAUGAGAUAAAGCCAGAAAGUUCAAAAUGAAUAUUGAGGAAAUAAAACAUUCGAGUCAAUAUAUUCCCGACAUUACCCCG